GCUCGUAAUUUUCGAGAAACAUGUGUGAUUUUUUCUGUUCACUUUUUACGAGUGUUUGCUGUUUAACAAAACGCAAAAGACAAUGUAUUUGCGACAAUUUUUUCGAAUUCAAUUAAUCAAUCAAUUAGCUAGUCGUUUACGUUUGCGUUGUAUCGAUCCACCAGUUAAGCCAUUCCUUAGUCAAACAUCUCAAAGUUGUCAUGGGUCUAUCAAUAAUCAAAAUUAUCGUACACUUUUUGCCAUUCAUAGUCUAUCAAUGCCCAUUGAUGACCAUAUUGUGGAGCUAAAUUCAUCAGUUUAUUCAAUACAACGACGAUAUAAGAAAAAGAAAGCUGGUAAACAACCACAACGACCUUCGAAACACGAUGAAGAAGAUGAUGAUGACAAAGACGAUAGCGAUUCUGAUCAAGAUGAACAAAUGGAUGAAUCGGAUUUAGAUUCACGUGUGAUUAAUACAACCGUAAUGUCAUGGCGUUUGGAUGCCGUUGGUAAAACAUGUUUCAAUAUGCCUAGAGCUAAAUUCGAAGAAGGUUUCUAUAAUGAUCUUAUCCGUGUGAAUGGUGAACGUGCAGGAAAAAAAAGUUAUGAAGUACGAGAAGGAGAUGAAAUCGAUAUGAUACGUGGUUUUAAUAUCGAACAACGUGACCGAUUGGAUGUAAAUCGUGUAAACAUAAUAAAAUUGGAUGAUAAAGCAGCAAGUGGUGGCCGUUAUCGUAUUUCAUUUCGUAAAACAAAUAAACUUACUAUAGAUAAUUAUGAACGUGAUCCAUAUGAAGGUUUAUUGUUUAGUACAUAAUGAUAAUUAUAAUAAUAAACUUGCUUAAAUAUUUUUGGAA